AUGGUGAAUGCACAGAGGAAAGAUUGGUCUAAGAAGUUAUAUGAUGCGUUGUGGGCAUAUCGGACUGCGUAUAAGACACCCAUAGGGACCUCUCCCUAUCACAUGGUAUUUGGGAAAGCAUGUCAUCUUCCGGCGAAAUUAGAACACCAAGCUUAUUGGGCGAUUAAGAGGUUAAAUUUAGACCCCGAGCUGGCCGGUAGAAAGAAAGUGAAUCAGUUGCAUGAACUUGAGGAGUUUAGGCUCCACGCGUAUGAGAAUGCCAAGCUUUACAAAGAAAAGACGAAGAGGUGGCAUGACAAGCACAUAGUUGCUUAA